AACAGCUAGGGGGAAUGUUGUGCUGCAGAUGCUUGAAAGAAUAAAUGCAGAGAACACUGCAAAAAAACAUUAAAACAUCCACCCAUGAAGACGAACCUUCUGCGGCGAACGUACCAAAUUGAAGAAAGCGGACAAUAGCCACGUGUGCGUGUGCGUGUGUAACGAAUGAGGACGCCUGUCAAAUGUCAUAUCGCCGUGGAAACUGAUGAACGGCGCGGGCAGCAGCAGAACUGAAGCUGAAGCGCGAGUGAAGAUUCCGGUUUUAUAACGUUUUAUUAUUUUUUUAUUAUUAUUCUCAACGCAUUUUGUUUAUGAAUAGAUGACAUAAUUUAUUAAUCAGAUGAAGGGAAUAUCCAUCAAACGCUAUAUUGAGCUGAAUAAUUAGAAAAACUAGUACCCAUCUUGAGGAAGGAUUGUUCGCAUGUGAACGAAGCUGACACUGAACGAACGGAAAUGUGACAUUUUUUCACGACCGCGACACGCACAUUCAUCGAUCACAUCUGAUUCUUUAAUCGGUUAAGAGGUCCACCACAACUUUCAAGGCAACGCUUCUGCCACUGAAUAAACAGUAUCUCAUACUAAGAUGUCACUUUUCCAUGUGUUGUUUAUGCUAGUCGCAGGGAUACAUGUGAGCUUUUCUCAAGAUGAGAAGCCGACAGUCCCAUGGGGCUGUGAAUUUGGUUUUCCAAGACCUUACACCCUCUUAUGUGACCUGGAUGCCCUGUGGGGUGUGGUGGUGGAGGCCGUAGCAGUGGCUGGUGUGAUAGCUGCCAUCUUGCUGUCUGUGGUGUUACUAUGUCGCCUGCACUCUGUGACAGAGGCGCCGAAGCGAAGCGGGAUUGGCCCGAUUCUCCUGCUGUUGAUGGGCAUUAUCGGGCUGUUCGGGCUGAGCUUUGUUUACCUUUUCAAGCACAAUGAGAGCCUUUGCGUGGUGCAACGUGCCCUCUGGGGGGUGUUCUUUUCCCUCUGCUUUUCCUGCAUGUUGGCCCAGGGUGUGAGGCUACGCAAGCUUGCACAGGAAUCUCGCAGCCCCAGCGGGUGCGCUCUUGCCGGGCUAGCGCUCGGGCUGAUGUUGGUGGAAGGCAUCAUCACCGCGGAGUGGCUUAUGCUUACAGUGGUGCGUGAGGGUCACCCGGCGUGCCAGUACCAGCCAAUGGAAUUUGCGCUUGCUUGUUCCUACGUGCUAGCACUCCUGUUGGCCGCUCUCGUAACUGCAUCAUUAGCAUUGUGUGGGAAGACACAACAGUGGCGCUGUAAUACCGUGUGGCUGCUGGUCUCCUGUUUGCUAUCCGUCUUUCUGUGGGUGGCUUGGAUCAGCUUCUAUGUCUACGGAAACAAAGUGCUCACGAAGUCUCCGGACUGGGAUGACCCGGUGCUGGCUGUGGCGUUGGUGGCUCAGGGUUGGUUGUUGUUGCUGUUCCAUGCGGCUCCUGAAGCUCAUGCCUGCCUGCAAGCUCCACCUCAACCUUCAGCUCCAGACUACUUUGACACAUCCCAGAACUCCUCACGUAUGCGGGAGUCCAGCCUUGAUGAAGACAUCCCACUUUCACACAGACAGUUUGUGGAGAACCAGGGAUAUGCUUUCGAUGAAAAAAUUGCAGGGUUGAGGAGUGGUGGCCAUUAUAACGGCAACACGGGGACGAGACCAAAUGCACCCUUCAGAAGUAAUGUCUACCAGCCAACUGAGAUGACCAUGAUACUAAAUGGUGGAGCAGUUCCAUCUGCCCCCCCCACAUACACAGGAAGACAGCUGUGGUGAAGGAGGAAGAGCAGGAAGUGGAUAGAGCAUAAAAGAGGGGUGAAGGGUCCUGAACUGAACUGAACUGAUGUGAAUGAGGACAAACAGCCGCCAGUGCUGCAGUGUGACUGAAACAGGACUUGGUUGCUGCUCCUGUGUGUGUGCUUAUGUGUGUGUGUCCCAGAGCAAUUUGACACACAUUACUGGAGAGUGCUGAUACAGGACAAAUCUCGACACCAAUCAAUAGCUGUAGUGAUUUUUAAUUAGUAAACGGGUGAACAUAUUGAACCAUUUUCAAGCAAUUCUAUAGUAAAUAUAGAAAAUAAUUCUGGGACACAUUGUACUCCUUUGCUCUUCGACAUUGUUCAACAUUGAUUUAGUUCUUGAAUCUUUUAAGCCCAGAAAUAGUUGUGUUCUCAUUCUAAUGCAUGAUGCACAAUUUUCUGAAGUUUGUGACCGGUGAAAUGUUCUGCCUGAAGUAUUACUCUACAAAGGUGGAUUUUUCUAUAAGGCAUUUGAAAAAACUUGAUAAAGGAUAAGCAUAAUAAUAAAUUUACUCGUAAUUUAUUAUAUAAAUGAACCACUCUCCACAACAGGGGUCGGUAUUAUUUAAAAAAAAAAAAACUAACAAUAUUAUUAAAAAAAAUAUUGUUAUAAAAAAUGUCACUGUUUUAUUCUAUUACAUUAAUACUUUUAAAGCUACUCAAGUUAUUCAGCCAAAAUUAGUGAUUGGCUUUCUCGUUUCCUUGUUAUUAUUGUUUGAUUAAUAGCCUUUAUAUGACAUAGCGUACUAGAUAGUGCUCAAUACGGUUACAUGUACUCUUCAUGUCCAACAUUUUGAUGCAAAUACACUUUUUGUCCCACUGUUUAUGUUCACUUUAGACCAAAUCGACUGCGUUUACAUUAAUGCCUCACCAGGACGGGCAUUGGCGGAAUUAUGAAGUGUAUUUGACCAUUUAGUCGCAUACUGUCAAUCUAACAGCACACAGCUACAUACGUCAGGAAAUAAAAAGUCAAUCUUUUAUAUUUUAUCUAGAUCUUAACUAGUGGUUGCCUUGUUAUCGCGAUUGAUGUAAUGAACACCCAUGGUCUAGGUGUAGAACAUAGGCUAUAGAAAAUUGCUCAAUCUAUCAUCGAUACGAAGGACAUCUCUCUCUCUCGCUCUCUUUUUUUUUUUUCAGAUAAACAUCAAGAUUGUUUUAUCACCCAGCCCUAUUGAUAUCAUUGCCUUAAUCUUUCACAUCAACCAAAUAAUCUCAGUGAUAAAUAGCUUAUUUACAGGCUACAUUUUAGACACACAGAAUCUAGUAAGCAGAAAUAUGAAAUUUACCUUGAUAUGUUUCUUAAAAUUAGAGGCCAGAUUAAUGCUGAUAUUUGGCUUGAGCAAGUAAACUCGCAUGGCACAGUCAAGCAAUUGGGCUUUUUCAUUGCGAAAAGCCCUUUCAGGUGCGGCCAGGGAUGUUCAGGUGUAGAAAUGUGUUUGAGACAUCCUCCACAUCCAAAACAGUUGGCGCAUGAUCUACAGCUGCCGUUCAAGUUUUUUACGUAUAAUUUUAUUCAUGAGACUCUCCCUAGCCAAUCAUGUUCAUAGAUAAAAAUAAAAUCAGGACAGGGAAGUAGCAAACACAGACGCUGGGAAAAUAGUGCAUUUAAAAUUUACUCAAGUCAAAGUAUAAUUUUUUUUUAACUACUUAAAGUACAAUUCCAGGGAAAUACUACAUAAUUAUAGUAAUGUGAGUAUUUGUAAUUCUUUACUUUAUACCCCUGCAUAUGAAAUAAUCAUGAAUUAAACUGUUCACUCAUGGUUUUGCUGUCAAGUACAAGUGUUUUUAACAGUCCCAUUCUUCAAUAACAUUUCCUUUGCAAAGCUUGAAUCAUAUUAUGACUGGUUCACAGCAGUCCACGCUGAUAAUUAGCACAGUCCAUAUCACGGUAAAACAUAAUGCAAACACAUAGUGCACUGAGGUGGCAGAAACUUAUCCAAAGAGUCAAAGACUUCCAGCUAGUCCUUGUAUACAAACACCAACAAUGAAAUAUAGUGCAGAUGGGCGCAAGAAGAAUAAGAUGCAGAGCAGCUGAAUGAAGCCGAACGAAGUCUCCUUUUCCGAGAUGUACCUGACACUGCGUGAUUUAAGCGACGCGAUAUAACAACAGUAAAAGAUGUCUGUGUAAUGCAUGUUAUAUGAACAAAAACUUAAAAAGUCCAGAUGGGUCCCCUUUUGGUGUUCAAGAAUAGUUGGUAACACUAUGCCUGUCACUCUCCCUCUCUGUGGGUGGUGCCAAGGGUGUAAUGACAUGUUGUGGGACAUGUAAAUACAACUGAGCAAUGUCUUGUGACGUCAUGAACACAGUUUUGAAAAUUAGUCGUUUCAGCAGGAUGGGAAAACAUCUUUUUAGAUAGGGGAGGAAGUUUUGAGUUAUGAAAUUUAGUUUUUAUAGUACAGUUACAUCUUAUACAGUAUGUCUAAAUAUGAAGGAAGGUUUUAUUUUCCAUUUCCUGACCCCUUUAAGAGAUGCAGAGAAGUUAGCAGGCUUCUAAAAAGAGAUUAUGCCAUUGCACAACUCACACCAUUGUACAAUUCAAUUAUUUGUGAAAUUCAUCUCGGUA